AUGCAGUCCUUCCGCGACGAGCCUAGAAACCUUGACAGUGAAUGGGUUCACGAUCGAUUCGAAGAGCACGAUUCCCGCCGCGCACCGGCUCCCCGACGAAGACGCGGUUCUCCAGAACACAGGGAUUCUAGUAGCACAAAGCUGCGUGUCGAUAACAUACAUUAUGAAUUGACGGCGGAUGACCUAGAGGAGCUGUUUAAUAGAAUCGGUCCUGUCGUGAAGUUGGACCUCAAAUACGACCGCGCCGGACGAUCCGAAGGCGUUGCUUUUGUCACGAUGCAGUCUCAAAACGACGCUCAGGAAGCGAUCAAGGAGUUUGACGGUGCCAAUGCCAAUGGCCAACCUAUCAAGUUGUCCUUUGUCACAGGCGGUCAAGGCGGCCGUUCCCGUAACCCUUUCGACUCAGCAGUCAUGCCGGGUCGCCCUCUUUCCGAACGGAUCUCAGCCCCUGGAGGCAGGUCGAGGUCUUUGUCACCCGGUCGAAAGUACGACGUCGAGGAUGCUGCAAGCAAGGGAAUUGACAGAUACGUCCCAGGAACCCGCUCCCGGAGUCCCAUGCCCCGCCGGCGUGGCGGUGGUGGCGGCGGCGGCCGUAGACCUGGAGCUCGUAGAGAAGGAGGACGAGACCAGGAGGGUGGCCAAGGUGGCCGUGGAGGAGGAAGUGGUAGAAACGGCCGGGCCCGGAAGACUCAGGAAGAGUUGGAUGCUGAGAUGGCCGACUACUUUGGAGGAGGAAAUGCCGAUGACAGUGCGCCUCAGGCAAAUGGUGGCGCAAGUGCUGCGGCUGCGGCUGCUCCCGCCACUGACGAUAUCGACAUGAUUGAGUAA